CUGACCUGCUUCAUUCUCUGCUUCUGCAUGCUUCCUACAAAGGCUAUACUUGUAGCCGCUCAGCUAUGAAAAGCAAGGAACGAAGAUAUUUUUUGCCUACUCCUUCAAAUAUAAUUAUCAAAUAGAAGUAUAGAGGAUUUUGUUUUUGGUGAGCCUCAGGUCUACUGCCAAGUUGUUCGCUAUUAGGCUCAAAUCCAUUUCGGUUCCACAUGAAAAAGGAAAAAUCUCCUCUAGUAUUUUUUUUUUUCCCUUGCCACUUUCCCCCCAAUUACCUAUUUAUUCUGCUGGCUCAAAUUGAAUGCAAAAUUGUCUUCUGGAUGAAACUACAAGGGAAGAAUAGAGGCUCCUGAGAAUAAUGUUGCAUUCAAGAGCUUUCUUACUAUUGGAAAGAGAGUUUGUGGAGUUCAAGCAAGCAAAUAUAUUUGGCAUUUCUGUUAUGCCUAUGGAAGACAAUUGGAUGGAAUGGAUAGCUGAAAUUGAAGGGCUGAAGGAUACCUUAUGGGAAGGUGCUGAACUUCAGCUGUCACUGAAAUAUUCUGAAGACUACAACACCAUACCUCCAACCGUCACAUUCACCACUAUUCCUUUCCAUCCCAAUGUGGAUCCAGAAUCUGGGAGACCUUGUGUGGAUUUUCUAGAUAACCUUAGGAAAUGGAACACUCACUUCACAAUGACUAGUAUUCUACUUAAUAUCCAGGUUUUGUUGUCUAAUCCUGUUGUGACCAAUGCCGUGAACCUGGAGGCAGCUCAAAUGCUGAGAAACAAUUAUCCCCAAUACAGAGAAAAAGUUGUACAGUGUGUCACAAAUAGCAAGCAACUUGAAGCCAUUGCCAAAGAUUGGGAUACGUCAAUCAAGUUUUACCCACAAUCAAAAGAACCAACCCCGCAAAGAAAGAUAACAGGAAUAUCGUAUGAAGAAUAUUUUAUAACAUGGUUUAAAAUUGCCACAUCAAGACCUGCUGAAGAUUUUAAACACCCAGUGUUUGAAGAUCCGGAGUACAUAGGAAACCGUUACAAUUGGAUGGCAGAGAAUGUGAACAAAGGCAGCUGGGAUGAAAAUUUACAUAACAUUUUUGUCUCUGAUUGCAUUGAAAAACAGAAGAAACAGAUAAUGUUAGAAAACUGGGGAGGCAGGUGCAUUAUCCCACCUUCAGAAGCAUCUUCAAAAACAUCUUCCGUGGGAUCUAAGAAGAUGGAAAAAAGCAAAAAUGAAGAACAAUGGGAAGAUGAAGUCGAAGAUCUUGUUAUGUGGUCUACAAAACUUGACCAAGAAAAAUUAGAUUAAACAAUAGUUUUCACUUCUGGUACUCUUUUUAAAAGUACUUAUUUGUUGAUAUUCAAACAUUGUCUGGGAAAAAACCCAUGCAGUUCAGUUGGAAUAUGACUAUUACCAUGUUUGCAUUACAAAAUGCCUUUGGCAGCCUGAAUUACAGCUCCCAGAAUACCCUGUUUAUAAAAGAGUCCAAAUGUCAGCAAGCCCUUGGACAUUUAUUCUAGCGUUAAACCUAAGAUCAUUUUAUCAAAUGGACAGAAAUUCAUUUAAGUUUUGCACAAGCUGAAUGUUAUUCACCAUACUCUAGAUAGUGUAAACUGUUUUCCAAAGUAUGAAGUAACUGUAGAGUUACAUCAUCUACUGACAAAACAAUUCUGACGAUAUAGCAGUGAAGCAUAUAGCAAAUAAAGCAGAAGGGUUUUUUGAAAGUCACAAAAGCUUCAAAAGAAUGAUACUACAUUCUCAGCAGGUCUUCCAGGAGCACAAGUCUCACAUCAUUGUUAUGGGAGGGAGUUCCAGAAAUGCAAGGUACACAAGAAUGAGUAACUGAGAAAACAAGGUAUGUUGGCUUCAUGUGCAAAAAGUCACAUCACAUCACAACUUUUUCUUUUUAGUUAAUAAAAUGCAUUAUAUCACUGAUGCAAAUUGGCAAGAAUGUCAUUUCUGCACCAAUAUUCCAAGGAAACUGGCUAUUUCAUGUCCUGUAAUCAGCAUCCAGCUCUAUGGCCAGUAACAUUUUUGAGUUCUUUUUCAGUUCUUAUCUCCUUUUCUCUGCCUUUUGUGGGAAGCUUCUUUUGGCAACAUUUCUUCCAGCCUAUUUUGUGCAAAACCAAAUAUGAACAGGCUAUGAUCUAAGCCAGAUUGCUGGCAACAAUGGCACCAUAAAUAGAUAAUUAUCAAAGUGACUGUGUGUAUCUUCCUGCUCAUUCCACUGCUUGGACAGUGCCCUUGAGUGUGGCAAGCCAAUAGUUAAAUGUUUUGAAGGAGAUGAUUAUCAGAGUUCUGUCAAUUCCAAGUUAAAAAAAAAAAGACCUCAAGAGCUGUUAAUCAUAAAUUGGUUUUACACACAAAGAGGCCUAUGAGCAGAACCAGGCUUUUGAACGAACGUUUUUAUAGGCACUAUUUUAUUGAGGGCUCUUUUUAUGAGUCCUAGGAUCAUGAGGCUUAAAAAGGGUCCACAGACAGUAUUGGAUGUGGGAGGAACAAAGUGUCAAGCUGAGCAGAGCUCCAUAUGCACAUAAGGGAUCACUCAGAAAACAUAUUCUUUGUUUUAAAAGUACUCCAACUGUACAGGGGAAAAAUUGGGCAAAGGCUAUGUAUUUCAUUGGUUUGGAAAAAUUGGGCAAAGGCUUUCACUGAUUUCAAAACGUGCUGCCUUUCUAAACUGACAAACUAAUCUUGCAGAGAAUUAGCUGAAAUGCAUGCUUAAACCAGCCAUGCUAGUGUUGCAAAGAUGUUUAAUUGCACUUUUUUCCCCUAAGGAAGAAUUUGGUAUUGCUAACCUUUUUUAAUAGGAGAAAAUGUUUCUUAAUUCACAGUUGCUGCUAUGGUAAUAGAGUAGUGGUGCUAGUGCUGUUUGAAAACAAAAAGAGGAGGAGUUACAUCCAACCUUAUGCUAAUAGACAUCUGGAGGCCUUGAUGCUCUCUGAGCUUUCUUGUUUGUAGACACUUCAUUGCCCGAGUAGGUAACAUUAUGACAUUUCAACAAUAAAACCCUGAGCUUCCUAUACUCUCUUUUAAUAGACAUCUACUACUCGUCCCUGCAGAAAGGCGACUUUCUGAAGCCAGUUGGGGAGGUUUGGGGUAUGAUGCAGGAUAAAUCAUCAACAUCACCACAACCACCAUUAUAUGUACCCAUGAUAAAUGCUAAUCCAGCAACAGAUGGACACCACACUGACUCAUAGUCUGAAACCCCUUAUUUUUCUCAUCCAUAUAAGAAACUCCUGACUGCAUUCACUCCAUAGCAAGCAUAUUAACCUGUCUUCCAAACCUCAAGUUUUGCUAAAGCAUACAUAAUUUUGCUCCUUAUAUUUUGUAAGAAUCAACAUUUUAAAUGUCUUUGAAGGUGGAAGUAACUUUUCUCUUGCAUCUAACAAAAAUGGCUGCUGUACUCUUUAAACUGACCAACCCAGUCCCUAUUUUAAAAUAACAAAAGAGACGUGUAUGCAUAUGAAUUCAAAUCUGCAUAUUUUUAUGGCUAAAUAAUACCCAGAAACAAUUUCCUAUGUAAAUUGGUGAAAUCUACCCAUAAUAUCUACAGUACUUCCAUCAUUUUGAAGCUUUAUUUUAGUGUGACUUUGAUUUCAGCAAGUAUUCUUAAGUUCUGUGUCCUCUAGAAGGUGCUAUUUCACUGUUAUAUUCACAUUUUAACUCUUGAAAAGCUCUUCCGGCACUGUUCUAAUGAAUAGAUUUAAAGGAGCUGGUCUGAGCACUUUCCAGCUGUAAGUUAUCUAUGCAGAUUGAAACAAAAACCCAACCAUUAUUGAUGCAAAGGACUACAUCUCUGGGUAUGAGAAUGUUUUGCUGAGCAUGAAGGUAUGAGAAACAGCCUAUUUUAUUCCUGGGAACAAUAAAAUAAAUGUUUAUUCAUAUGCACACUACACAUAUAACCAUUGUUGUUAUACAAAGUCACUUUUAAUAGAAUUUUAAGACUAUUAAAUGAAAUGCACCAGUAUAGUUUAGAAGUAUUCACAGAGGAAGUACCUGGUAUUAAAAGCAUAAUGGCAUUAUUUUCCUCUAAAUGUGAUUCUUCCUCCAUUGAAGUCAAAUAUAAAACUUCCAUCAGUUUCAGCAGUCGCUUGUAUCUUGUGAAAGUUAACAAGUUGUGCAGAAGGAAAUGAAAAUAAAGUACCUUAAUGCUAAUGCUAUUUGAUGAGCAUGGUGGUUGUUCCCUGGUCAUCCAGCUAGAUUUGAUGCCCAGUAAGAAAAAGGCAGACUAGAAAGGCAAAAUUAAAAGCAGUUUACAAGGAAAGGAAUUAACUUAAGAGUGCUGAUGAAAGUAUAAGAAUGAGCCGUAGGACUUCAACCCUUUGAAUGUAACGGAUCAGAGACAAUUUUUUUAAAAAUAAAUUCGUAAGAAAUUCAAUAGGAUUAGAAAAACUAUUGUUCCUCUAUUGUGGCAAGACUUCAUUCCUCUGGUACAGUUUAUUCUUCACUGCGUGAAGUCAGACUGAGCUGCAUUUUUGCCCUCUGUGUAAUAACUUUGACAGUUUGUAAGCUGGGGAAUAGAAUUAUAAAAUGCCUUCCUUUCUUUCUACAUGAGGUAGUUGUGCUGUAUGGCAGAAACUGAUGGCAAAAUAUAGUUAAGCGUUUACAGUUAUCUCUGCCUUACCUUAGAAUUUUUCGUCUACUGAUUUUAAAAAAAUUGAAUUGUUUCAAAAAUGCGUGCAUUUUUGUUUUUCACAUGUCUUAUUUAAUGCCUACAACUGUUUUACUUUACUUUGUACUUUGUUACUAAGAUCUGCAAGAGCCAUUCAGUCUGAGUGUCUCUUCAAUAAACGUUAGAGAACAACAGCUAUAAAUCUGAUCUCUUAAACCUUAGAAGCUUUUGUAUAUUCUUAGAACAAACUAGUUCAAAUUUCACCAACUGAGUUAGUGGAUAAGCUCUCUAAAAAUUACAAGUACUGUAAACAUUCAUGAGAGUGCCCUAUACUUCUUUUAGUUAAUUUAAAAUUGAUCGUAAUCAAAUCCAGUGCCCGUAUUGUACCAUUAACUUUCCUGAAA